AUGCGUAAGAAUGAAGAUGCAGAUAAUGAUGACAUGCUCUUCGAGAUAUCCAAGGAGCAAAAGAGGAAUAAAUCAACUAAGAGAAAUAGAUCAACAAGCAGAGCAAAAAAAGAUGACGAUGAUAAUCAUAAUGAUAACACUCCUGAAGCAUCAAAAGAAUAACCUUCUUCUUAACAUAAAAUUGAAGAUGAUAAGCAAGACAAGUCUAAUCGUAGAUAGAAAUCUAAGGGAGCAAAGUAAAGUAAACAACCUAAAAAGUCUGAAUAAUAAGAAUAAAAAUUACAUUAAAAGGAGUAAUAACCAACAAAAAGAGAUAAAGAGUAUUUUAAAUUGGCUCUACAAACAUUACCAACAUUCCUGCAACCUGAAAAUAUUCGAGAUUCUAAAGGGAGAAGACCGAAUGAACCAAAUUACAAUCCUUCGACUCUAUACAUUUCAAAUUAUGAAUAUGAAAAAUUGUCACCAAUAUUCAAGUAAUAUUGGAAUGUAAAGAAGAAUAAUUUUGAAUUCAUUGCAUUCUUUAGAUGUGGUAGUUGGAUAGCUGUGCUUUAUAAUGAUGCUAUUGUCAUUGCUUAAAUGUUCAAUCGUUAUCUAGGAUUCUGGGGAAAAGAUACACCUUGUUUAACUAUCUAUGAUAAUCAAUUGCCAAUAUAUUAGAGGGCUUUGUUAGAAAAAGGAUACAAAAUCAUGAUGAUUGAUCAAUAGGAGUUUUCAGAUAAGACUAACAAAGAGGAUGGAGAAAUAAUUAGAAGAGAAAUCACUUAAAUGAUAACUAGAGGCACUCUACAAGAGUUAGGAGACACAGAUUCAUAUGAAUAAAGGAAUCUAUUAGUAUUGGUGUUUUCAAAUGCACCAGCUAAUUCGAAAGGCCACUCUUACAUAUACGGAGUCUCAAUUGUUGAUUGCACUACUAACCAAUUUUCUUUUGAUUAAUUCUAUGAUGAUGCAUAAUCCAAUCAUCUAAAAUCUGUUAUUUAUAAUACUAAACCUGUCGAAGUCAUCUUAUGUAGUAUUCCAUAUGAGAUUGAACGGAUUAUCAAAAAUAUUUGUCACCCUACUGUUGUCAUUUCCUAAUUACCCUUCAGUGAUUGUUAGUUUAUAUUUCAUCAAUUAAAAAUUGAAUAUUUGGAAUUACACAACAAACAAACUAAUCAUAAAUCAAAAUAAUUAGAUGACCUAGCUUUACCUGUUCAAAAAAAUCAAUCUGAAUAAAAAAUGAAUAUCAAUUAAAUAUCAAAAUAAGAGAUUCGAGAAGAAUAAUGUGCUGAGAAUUAUUAAUUGAGUUAGGAUUAUCCUACACUCUUAAUAGAAUUGGAGACUCAGUUUAAUCAUGAAAAAAAGUCAUCAAACUAGGAAGAUAAUGAAUCUAACUUUUAUUCUUAUUAUUACGUUCUCCAAUCUUUCUAUAUCCUGUUAAGUUAUCUGAGAUAACUUCUAAUUAGUAAUUCAGUUUACAGAAGAGGGAAGUUCAAUUUCCUAGAUUCAAAUAUGAUCCGUAGCGCUCACCUUUAUUUAGAUGCAUAAACAUUAGAAAGUUUAGAAAUCUUUGAUGUAAAUCUUAAAACAAAAGUGACCAAUUCAGACAGUUUAUUUAGUUAUUUGGAUCGAUGCUCUACUUAUCCUGGUAAGAGACUCCUCACUAAAUGGGUUUAGAGUCCAUUAUAAAACUAUAAUUCGAUUAUUGAAAGAUAACAAUGUGUUAAAGAACUUUGUAAUUUUCUACCUUAAUGUUAUGAAUUCCAGAAGAAGAUUAGUUCAUUACCAGAUCUAGAGCGUGCAAUCAUUAGAUGUUUCAAUACAAUUCAUUCUCACAAAUUAAAAGCUGUACCAUCUUGUGGCAAAACUAAAUUGAAGGAAAUUAAGAAUGUAUUGAGUAAUGUUAGAUAAGCUGCAGAGGCAUUUAAGAUAUUUGAUCAAGAUAACAAUAAUUUUAAGUCUUAAAAAUUGUAGGACAUCUUUAAUUAUAAAUAGAAUACUUAAAUUUUAAAAUAAUCACUCAAUGAAUUAGAAAAAUGUCUGAAUAUGGAGGAUAAUGAACCAAAACCAAUUUAAGGAGCCAGUUCAGAAUAUGAUGAGACUUUGACUAAAAUAACAGACAUCACAGAUUCACUUUAAGAUGAACUUGAAAAGUGGAAAAGUAAAUUAAAAUGUCCUGAUAUCAUUUACUACCAUUCAAAAAUACGAUAUCAAAUGUAAAUACCUGAAAAUUAAUUGUCGAAUAAAUAGAAACAUAAAGAAUUAAUAAUCACUUCAAAAACGCCAGAAUAUGAAAGGUUUUAGACUCCAUUUAUAGAAGAAUAACUACAUUAAUUAAAAUUAGCAGAACACGAACUCUCCUAAAAGUUACUUCCCUUUAUAAAUGAAUAUUUUACAAAAUUCUAUUCUUAUAGGAAAGAAUUCCUUUAAUUAAUAUCAUUUCUCUCUGAAGCUGAUUGUCUAAUUUCUUUAGCAAUAGUAUCAAAGGAGUAGAAGAUGGCUUCCUGUUUUCCAAAAAUAAAUAAAGAUUCUGAUGAGAGAGAAUUUAAACUGGUUGAAGCAUAUCAUCCAUGUUUACUAAAAGAUACAAGCAUAGAAUGGGUGCCAAACACAAUCAAAUUUAGUGAUUCUAUUGAUACUCUCUUAUUAACAGGUCCAAACAUGAGUGGCAAGUCUACUUUGUUAAGAUUAAUUGGAGUUUCUAUCAUUUUAGCAUAAAUUGGAUGUGCAGUGCCAGCAAAUUCAUUUUCUUUAACUCCUUUUGAUAGGAUCUUCUGUAGACUUGGAGCUACAGAUAGAUUAUUAGAGGGAAAAUCCACCUUUUUCAUAGAGCUCGAGGAAACCAAGACAAUACUAGAUCAUUCCACCUCUAAAAGUUUUGUUAUAAUAGACGAAUUAGGAAGAGGAACCUCAACAUAUGAUGGUAUAGCUCUGGCUUCUGCAGUUCUAAGAUAUUUAUAAGAAAAAAUCAAACCCUUGACUAUAUUUGCUACACAUUAUCACAUCUUGUUGGAUGAAUUUGAAUUGUUUAAGAAUAUCAACCAGUGUGUUAUGCUAUAUUAUUAGAAUAAGGAUUAACUUAUCUUUAGAUACAAAUUAGUUGAAGGGGUUGCUGAAAGGAGUUUUUCUACCAAUGUAGCAUUGAAAGCUGGUAUCCCAUAAGAGGUCAUUUAAACAGCCAAAUAAAUGGAAACGAGGAUCACAAAAGAAGAAUCCAAUAUUAAAAAGAAUAGAGAGAUUCUUCAAAAAUUUAAUCAAAUCUUAACAGAGCUAGUAUGA